CACAUGGCGGCUGUCAAUGUAAGUAUCCUAAGGCUUCUUGCGUCACUUGCAUUCGCGCUCACCGCUUUAACGCUGAUAAGAUACAUAGAAUACGUCACAAAGUUCUCCAACGGGCUUCGGUAUACGACUCUUUUCACCUUCAACCGUUCAAAUAUUCUUCACGACCAAGGUGCAUACGCAUUACCUAUGGCUGUCUUCAACAACAACUCCCAUUCAGAUGGCGGGAGACCGGGUUGUAAAAUUGCUACAGUGGAGCCCUUUCUGGCUGUUAUUAUGGAAUCUCUCAAACCCGUACGAUCCAUCAAAUGCACAGGAAGACUAUAUACAGAGUAUGAAGAUAACGUGUUAAGACUUCUUGAUAACGUUAGUGAAGAGCAUCAAGUUGAUGAGGUCUUUGCCGAGCCUUUGAUUCGUGUUUCUGACUUUAACGUAUCACUGGGAGAAAAGAGAUUUCUAGACUUAGCGAAGAGAGAGGUCGAUGUAAAUAGUGACUUUUUAAAAGUGACAGUUCGUUUUAAAGAUGGCUCCCAGCAGACAGAUUUUCAUGCUUCGAUUUCAGAGAUACCCGACGUCGCGCAGCGCAAAGAAACACACAACGCACCUUUAAACAUAAUGGUUCUAGGGUUAGACAGAACAUCCUCGGCCCAUUUCCAAAGAAUGGUUCCGAAGACCUAUGUUUACUUGAAGGAACAGUUAGAUUCUGUUAUAUUCAAGAGUUAUUCAAUAGUCGGAGAAAAUACAGCACCAGCUUUGUCUGCCUUCCUAACUGGCAAGUCACUGGCGGAAAACUGCGCAUUCAAGGAAGCAAGGAAAGGUUUUAAGAAUGCUGGAGUAGUUGACGAGUGGCCAUUUAUAUUUAAAGAUCUCAAAACCCUCGGAAUUCCUACAAUGUGGAGUGAAGAUCAGCCAUCUAUAGGAGCAUUUCACUUUCGACUGAAAGGAUUCAAUGAACAACCCACUGACCAUUAUGGAAGAUCCCUGUGGUGGUUGUAUGAUGGUGGCCUCUGCAAGCACUCCCUUGCACAGUACAAGCUGCAACUGCAGUACCUAAAGAGCUUCAUGAAGUCCUAUCCUGGAAAAAGAAAAUUUGGUUUCGUAUUUUUGUCAGACCUCUGCCAUCGCACGGUUAAUCUUCUUAGUGGUGGGGAUGACGGAUUUGUGGAAUUUUUUGAAUCAUUAAAGAACAAUAGUCUUCUUAACAACACUUUGUUCAUUACAAUGGGUGAUCAUGGUCCCUACACAUAUGGUGUUAUACGUGAUAGUCCUCAGGGCAAACUCGAACAUCGGCUUCCAUUUCUUUCUUUGACCUUCCCUGCUUGGUUCAAACGCAGUUAUCCGGUGCAAAUGGCAGCACUGAUCAGGAAUUCCCGGAUCAUAACAUCACCGUUCGAUCUCUACAAAACGAUGAAGCAUCUGUUAACAUUUCCAAAGAAAACUUUUGUUGAAAUGGAUACCGUUGGUGCAAGCCUUUUUGAAUCGCUACCAAAUGACAGAGCUUGUGAAGACACUGGUAUCCCAGAAUUUUAUUGUCCCUGUUUAAGCCGGAUGCAGUCCAUCGACAUUGCUCACACUCAUGUUCAUCAAGCUGUUAAGGUGGCUGUGAAGCACAUUAAUGACAUUUUGAUUUCUCGCCCAAUCACGGCUAAGCUUUGACAUCAACUAGAGUUAAAGGCGAUUUUUGAAGCUAACCAGAUAAUGCCAAGUCGUGGCUCACACAAAGACGUUCCAACAGAUCAAGGAAAGAAAUA